CGCGGAGAAGUCUGCAAAACAAGAGACGGAGGAUUGCGUUAGCCACAUACCAGUUCACGCCGGAGCCGCGUUUAGCAGCGUCGCGGUCGGACCCGGCCGCUGCGCGGUACUCUGAGGAAAAGCUACCGCCAGGUGGACGCGCCGCCGCCGCCGCAGCAGCAUCAUGGGGAAGGGCGACCCCAACAAGCCGAGGGGCAAGAUGUCCUCGUACGCCUUCUUCGUGCAGACCUGCCGGGAGGAGCACAAGAAGAAACACCCCGACUCCUCGGUCAACUUCGCCGAGUUCUCCAAGAAAUGUUCCGAGAGAUGGAAGACCAUGUCUGCCAAGGAAAAAUCCAAGUUUGAAGAUAUGGCAAAAAGUGACAAAGCUCGCUAUGACAGGGAGAUGAAGAAUUACGUUCCUCCCAAAGGCGACAAGAAGGGAAAGAAAAAGGAUCCCAAUGCGCCUAAAAGGCCUCCAUCUGCUUUCUUCCUGUUUUGCUCCGAACAUCGCCCAAAGAUCAAGAGCGAACACCCUGGCUUAUCCAUUGGCGAUACUGCCAAAAAAUUGGGUGAAAUGUGGUCUGAGCAGUCAGCCAAAGACAAACAACCGUACGAACAGAAAGCAGCUAAGCUAAAGGAGAAAUACGAAAAGGAUAUUGCCGCAUACCGUGCCAAGGGCAAGAGUGAAGCGGGAAAGAAGGGCCCUGGCAGGCCAACAGGCUCCAAGAAGAAGAAUGAACCAGAAGAUGAGGAGGAAGAGGAAGAGGAGGAAGAAGAUGAAGACGAGGAGGAAGAGGAUGAAGACGAGGAAUAAAUGGCUAUCCUGUAAUGAUGCGUGUGGAGUGUGCGUGUGUGCUCAGGCAAUGGUUCUGCUAAGAAUGUGAAUUCAAGUGCAGCUCAAUAUUAGCUUCAGUAUAAAAACUGUACAGAUUUUUGUAUAGCUGAUAAGAUUCUUUGUAGAGAAAAUACUUUUUUAAAAGUGCAGGUUGUAGCUUUUUGAGGGGCUACUACAUACAGUUAGAUUUUAAAGCUUCUGAUGUUGAAUGUUUCUGAAUAUUUAAUGGUUUCUUUAACUUCUUGACUUGUGUAUGGUAGCACAGCAAACUCAUAGAAAUUAGUACCAAUAGUGAAUUUUGGGUUUUCUAGAAUGAGAAUGUUGCAUUCUGUUUUUUAAAAAAAAAAUUUUUGUAAUAAAAUUAUGUAUAUUAUUUCUAUUGUCUUUGUCGUAUAUGCUCAAUUAGCUUUUGCUUUAAAAGUCAUGGUCUGGAACCAUGUCAACUUUUCUUUGUUUUUCUGCCUAAUAGUUCUCAGACAUGGUUGAUUCAGUAUAACGUUUGUUUAAAAGUCAAACAUGCCCAUAUUAUUCAUAUUUACAAAGUGUUCUUUAAAAAGCAGCAGUGGAAUUUAAUGAACUUAAAAAAUUUAUGCAGUUUUAUAAAAUGAGCAAGGUUUGUUCUUGACAUUUAUGUUCAUUUGUUAGCUAACUUGUUCCAUUUUUUUUAGCUGACAUUUUAUUUUGAGAGAAACUUUCUUUUUAAUACGAGGCAGAGGAGCUCAUACAGUGAAUCCAUACCUAAAAACACAUAAACUUUUAAAAACAAUAGGAGCAGGGUUACAUUUUCUGUUGAUAAUGAUCUAGUUUGGGGUAGAAUACCAGAGUGAAUUUUGAGUUAAAUCUUAAAAAUCAGUGUGGUCUUAAGCCUAGAAUUCUCGUUAACUAACCCAAGAAAGCUUUUCAGAUGGUUGUUGUGAUUUUCCAUGACUGUAGUUAGGCGAGAUUUUACUAGGAUAUUUAUUUACAGGUGAAAGCAGUUACUUAGGAAAUGCUCAUUUGAGGAAGCAGUUGCUUGUAUUUGAAUUUAGAUAACUAUUGUAAAUAGUUAUCAAGUUAUUAGUGAAAGUUAGCCAUCUGUUGUCUAAGAGAUUAUAGAAGAAACCUAUUUGUUGAUAGUUUCAUAGUUAAACCUGACAAUCUUGGUUACCUAUCAAGUAUUAAAAAUAGAAGCCAAAAUUCUUAUUACCCAACCAUGGGAGCCUUGGUUGUCUAUCUUAUGCCAUAUUUGGAAUUAUUUCUGACACAGGAAAUACUAACCAAAGUUGUUAAAUGGAAGGUAAGGUAUUAGCAUAAUUCCCAAAGCAGAUGGACUCAAGUAGAAUCUUCAGACCUCUUAGAGAUUGCCCUCCAUUAAUAUCACAGUUGUUGUUUUGGGGCUUUUACUGAUCAUAAAAUGAAAACUAGCUUAUGUAUUUAAAAAAUAUUUCCUGGUGUUAGGUGACUUAAUGCCAGAAAAUUGGGGGUAAGGUGUUUUAGAGACACGCCUAGGUCUGGAUCCCAGUUCCCCAGCUCUACCAAAUGCUAGCUCUAUGGACUUUACCUCUGGGCUUAUUUCUAUCUGUGUAGGGUGUCAGUACCUACUUCGCAGUGUUUUAAUGAUUAAAUGAGAAUGUUAAGUAUUUACAACAGUACUUAAUGCAUAGAAAAGAUAUUAAAUAGGAGUUUUUAAAAUUGAAAUAGAGUCUUUCUUAAGGAUUUCUAUAUCUAUAACUUAGACCCAUGAAGCAGACCUAUCUGGUUCCUUGUCACCUUUCUUUUUGGGAGUUUUUGUGUUUGCUUUCAUUCUGUCCUUUAAAUGAAAUAUAGUUUAAAUGUCUAAGAGUGACUCAUUUUUUAAAAUCAAGGGUUGUUCCAUAAUCUCAGCAUUUGAGAUGAGUCCUCAUAUUUGAUAUUUUCUCUAAGUGUGGAUCAAAAUUUAAAAUACCCUUGUUUUCAGGACUAAAUGACCUCAAGGAGUGGUUAUGUUGGAAAGCUCUGAAAUAGGGGUAAGAAUCAGGUUCUAUCCCAGGCCAGCCAGUACUUGGGGGUGUGUUUAUGAAAACCACCUGCCCCCCCUUUUCUUUUUAAAAAGUCAUAUCUUGAUGGUAUAAAAUGUAAAAGGGCUAUAUAGUGGGUAGUUUACAACCUUGAUUUCCAACUACCAGGUUCUCCCAGGAGGCAACUCCAGUAAUGUAAUAAUUUACCCUUCAAGAGAGACUGAAGCACAACAGUCAUAUGUGCAUAUAUAUCAAUGUUGCACAAAAGGAAGCUUAUUAUAUAUGUUGUUCUGCCCUUUAAUUCUCAUCAUUUUAGAUUCUUAGCACAACAGAGCUGCCACAUUUCACUUAAAUAGCCAUCUGAAUAGUAGCCCAUUGAAUAGAUCACAAUUUAACCAGUUCCUUAAAGAUAGUUAUGGUUGUGGGUUUUUUGCUUUAAGAACAACAUUGCCAUGAAUAUCCUUGUAUGAUUUCAAAAAAUUCUUUAAAUAAGUUUGUGCAUUUAAAAUUGUGCUAAUUAUACUAGCUAAAACCUGUACUUGGUAUAUGCCAGAACCUGCUCUCGUGCUGUUAACUUGCUGAAACCUGCCAAAAUUGCUCUCAGAAGUUUUACUAAUGUAUACUCCACAGCAAUGAAUGUCUAUUUCCUCAUCUCAGCAACAUUAUCAUUCUCAAACUUUGUAAUCUUUGCUAUUCUCUUAUAUAAAAAAUGGUUCCUCCUA